AUGUCUUUAUUCAAGUUUUUUAGAAAGAUUGAUAAAAAAGCAAUACAAGAAGAUAAUGAGCAACAUAAGCAUAUGAGACUUGAUUUAAGUUCACUACCCGUUGACCCGGCAGAACGUCCCGCUAUAGAAUAUUAUCAUGUGAAUCAAAGAGAUGAAAUUAGAAGAACAUACUUGCAAAAAGGACCUUUCCAAACUCAAAACUAUAAGUUUCCACAACGUGAUUUUGGAGGUGAGCUUGAGAGUGGUAUCGGUUUGAACCAAGAAGUGGUACUUGGAGACCUUGGUAAAGAUAAUAGUUAUCGUGAUCGUAAAGCUGAAGCAAUUCGCAUCUUCAGGUUAUUAAAAUCCUUUGAUUUUGUGUUUUGUCUACACUUAAUGGUUGAUAUCUUGGGAGUCACAAAUCAUUUGAAUACAACAUUACAAAGAAAAUACCAAGAUAUUGUAAAUGUCAUGAAUCAAGUAAGCAGCUCUAAAAAAGCAAUUCAAGAAAUUAGAGAUGUAGGAUGGGAACCACUUUUAGGGAAUGUUACUUUGUUUUGCAAUAAACAUGAUGUUAGAAUCGUGGAUAUGGAAGAUGAAUAUUAUGAUGGAUUCAGUCGUCGAAGAGGUUCACAGGUUAACAACUUGCAUCAUUAUCAUGUUGAUGUAUUUAAGGCGGUGAUUGAUAUGCAACUUCAAGAGCUUAACCAUCGUUUUAAUGAAGCCAAUACGAAAUUACUUCUUUGCAUAGCUUGUUUGUGCCCGUGUGAGUCUUUUAAAGCCUUUGAUUUGGAUAAGCUAAUGGAAAUGGCUACACUUUAUAAGGAAGAAUUUCGAACAGAAUAUGAUCUUCAAGUUCUUGAAGUUGAACUUAAAAAUUACAUUAAGGAUGUACGAGAAGAUGAACGAUUUAAUCAAUUGAAGAGCAUUGGAUAA